UUGCGCCAUCUGCGCGUCCAACAAGUCAGCUCCUGGGUGCCCCUUUGGGAUCGGACGUGCAAUUGGAGUGCUCCGUGGAAGCAUCGCCCAUGCCGGUGUCCUACUGGUUGAAAGGUGGACGCGUACUGCCCACCAACUUUGCCGGCAUCACUAAUGGCAAUUACGAAGCGGGUCAGUCGAGACCGGAAAUGCUGCUCGAUGGGCCGAAAUACGGAAUCACUGAAGAGCGACACGGAUUCCGGACAAAUAUGCGCCUAGUGGUGCGGUUUUUUUCACCAAAUGACGUCGGCACCUAUCAUUGCGUUAGUACCAACUCGCUGGGAAGGGCCGACGGUACGAUGAGACUGUACGAAAUCAAAAUUCAUCCGGGUGGAGUGCAAACAAGCGACGAUCAAUUAAAUAUAAUUGGAGGUCUUGCGGAAGCUGCCCGAGGUCGAGGAAACUCGAGUGCCAAUUCAUUAGUGACCAGUAGCAAACCGCUCCAUCUCAUCCUACUAUCGGUGCUGACUGUUCUGCUCUAUUCCGUUAGAUGACAGCAUCGCAUUUGCUGGAAUAACCCGGCACCGUCAUCGUCUUGGCUGUCGAUGGCUUCAUUAGCAUAAGCACAUCUCUACGGAGGCAGUCGUAUCCAGCAACAGCAGCAGCAGUCGGAUGUCAUUCAGGACGACAUAAAUGCGAGAGCAAAUGGCCAAAAAGAGAAUAAAAACACCGACUAAAUAUAACAGUCGAUUGCGAAUGGAUGUGGAAUGAGUGUUUGAAGAUUCGGGUGUCCCCGAGGAGCAAUGUGUCUAAGUGCAGUGUGCAUGUUUUUAGCUGUAGAGAAACUUUCGAAACAAUAAUGAUGGAAUAAUGAAAUAGGAUAAUAACCAUUCAUGAUAGUUAAAUGAUUUGAAGCGAAAAUCCAUUCUCCUUCUCUGUGCAUAAAGUCAAACGAUACAAAAUAACGCAUCGCUGCUUGUGGUAGAUCGAACGAUCGCUAGUUGUGAGAUCGCUUGUAUAUUUUAGGAAGUUAGUGAUUACCAUACACACACACACAUACAUCAAACUCAAACUCUAUGCUGCUUAUAAAUUCAUAUCUAUAUAGUGAAACUCAUGCACAUCAACGAAGAAAGAGAUAGAGCGAAAAUUUUUAAGUAAAAAUCAUCAAGCAUAAUCAGCUGGAAAUGGUAGACUGAAAAUUAAGUGUGGCAUAGUGGGAGAGGAAAGUCAAACAAGAGGAUUCUAAAGGAUUAUAAAAUUGCUGUGCGCAGCGGAGGAAGAGCAAGCUUUAUUUCCUUUCUCUCUACCUCCCGGCCCCGUCUCUCCGUGGUGUAGCGUUAGUUAUAUAGCUAUGGAAAUUUUUAAAGCUUUAUAAUGGUGUUGAAUGAUGAAACUCUGAAUCAACUUUGAUUAUAAUGCAUCCAUCAAAAUGCAAUAAACUUUGUUAUGGCAGGAAAGAGGAUAAGCCCGUUGAGACGAGAAGAUGCAUACAUGCGAGUGAAUGCAAAAUGACGGUCAUGGAAUAGGGAAAACUCGGAAAAUUGUUUUGCGUCGGCGUGAGCAGGAAGGAAAAUUAUUGGAAAAGCUUGAUCUGGAGGUUGAUGCAAGUAUAACGCUGUGACGCUGAUUGAAAAUGCAAACUAGCUGAAAUGUUCUCGGUCAGGAAGAAUGUGUUCAAAAUGCUCUACGAGUCUGUUGCAACCAUCGGAGACUGGAGCUAAUGCAUAAUGGACGUUUAAUUGUUUUACUAGCUGCAAACUAGUUGUUUGUUUCCCUAAAAUUUGUGGAUUAGCAGAUUGAGAGCUGCCCUUCCAGCCAAAGAAAAGACGUUGGCAUAUAGGUUUUAACUUUUGCAAACAUUCAAAUAAACCUGCAGGUUUUCAGUUGACUGUUCAAGCAUAGCGGAAAAAAAGAAUGCUAGACUGUAAAUAAACGAGGUAAGCACAUACAAUAAAUAAAAUCGCAAUAGGAGAAAAAAACUGUGUACAUACAGACAAGGUAGCUAAUAAUUAAUGACUGAAUUUUAUUCGAGAGGCAUGUAAUUAAUUAUGAAAAUUAAUGGUGUCUACGCUACAGCUUGUACAGUUCGUGCAGAUUCUCUCCAACAUCGGCCGCAGGAGAUAGAUAUAGGUACGUAAACGACGCUUACAUCGUUCUUCCCAUUCUUUCCAAUUCCGCGACCAGAGGAGCAUACCGCUGCAUCAGUGGCCCUGUGGUGCACGGAUGGAACAACAAUACUUAAAUGUCACGAUAAUCACGAGCAAAAUUUUUGACAAGAACAAAACCGACCCUUGGCUUGUGUAACUGCCGAUGGCAUACGUGUGAUGAUGCCAUCAGAACACCGGUCUUGACACACAGAUUUUCCAGCUUAAUACCGGUGUAUUGCAUUUAUUAUUAUUAUUUAUUUUUUUUACUUUUCCAUCAUGCAUUGAAUUUGUAUUGUUUUUUUUUUUUUUUUCGUUUUCAAUCUUUUAAUUAUCAAAUCAAACUAUAAUCUAUGGAAAACUUGUUACGUUGUGGUGGGUAAAACCGAGCUAGGGACAUUAUUUAGCAUACAACGGUCGGACUAAAAAUGUGAAAACAUUAUUUUAAUGUCAUUUCAAUCGAUCCGGAUGAAUGCGAUCUUCAUGAGUCAUUUGGCUGCUGGUGUCCAGUUUCUUUUGCAGCAACGUUGGUUGUUGAAGUCGGCCUAAAUUUCGUUUCCAGUCGGUGACGACCGUGGACGGUUUACUUGAGGUUUCGGCGAAAAAUUCUUCGACUGAUGCUUGCAGGCAGUGCUGUUAAUUUUCAUAUCAUUCGAUUUAAGAUGAACCGAGCGGUGCCGGUGGUGUAGUGGUAGGCGUGAUUACCUCUCAUCCCAGCAGGCCUGGGUUCAAUCUCAGUCGGCGCCGCCGGGAUGUUCUGAGGCAUAACAUAUCUGAUCACGCCUUCCUUCGGGAAGUAAAGCCGUUGGUCCCCGGUUCAUGAGUUGAUGGGUCGAUAGGUAGGGUCCA